AGUGAUAUUAAAAAAAAAAAAACUUGUUUUCAUAUUUACUUUUAUUUUCUUUUUGGUUCCAAUAAAACACGGAAACGAAGUCGAGGCAAAGAAAGAACGAGCGAAGAAAGAGGAUUGAAUUUGAUCUGGUUUUUUCAAACUAAGGUUUUGAUCUGUGUGUUGGUAUCGGAAAGAGAAGUUGUUGGAUUGAACCUUUGAAAUUUGUUGAAUCAUGAGAACUUCAUGGGCUGAUUCUGUGGUCGGUUCUGAGAGUGGAAAUGGAGUGGCUGGUUUAUCUAGUGGCAAUGGGAGCUCAGCUCGUCCCACAAAGGCCACUUACGUGCCACCACAUCUCCGUAACAAGCCCCCCUCAUCCAACUCCCCAGCCAGCACGCCAGCCCCAUCUCCAUCGCUGUCCAGUGAUCGUCCAGCUGUAAGUUAUGCAGCACCUGCUGGUGGGUCCCGCUGGAGUGGUGGUUCAAGGCCCGAUUUUGGGCGUCAAACUGGCUAUGGGGCCUCUGGUGUUCAAAGUUAUGGUGGUUCUGUUGGUAGAAGUGUUGGUGGUAGUGGUUGGAAUAAUAAAAUUGGAGGAUGGGACCGGAGGGAGCGGGAAGUGAACCCGUUUGGUUAUGAUGAUAAUGCUGAAGUGGUCUUCGUUGAACAGGAAAAUACAGGGAUAAAUUUUGAUGCUUAUGAGGAUAUUCCAGUGGAGACGAGUGGGGAUAAUGUGCCACCACCGGUUAAUACAUUUGCGGAGAUAGAUUUAGGAGAGAGGUUGAAUGCUAAUAUUAGGAGGUGCAAGUAUGUUAAACCAACUCCGGUUCAGCGUCAUGCGAUGCCUAUAUCUCUUGGAGGGAGAGAUUUAAUGGCUUGUGCUCAAACAGGUUCGGGGAAGACAGCUGCCUUUUGCUUUCCAAUUAUUAGUGGGAUAAUGCGAGAGCAGUAUGUACAGAGACCCCGUGGGGCACGAACUGUUUACCCUCUUGCUCUUAUUCUUUCCCCAACGAGGGAGCUUUCGUGUCAGAUACAUGAGGAAGCCAGAAAGUUUUCUUAUCAAACUGGUGUUAAGGUGGUGGUUGCUUAUGGAGGAGCACCAAUCAAAGACCAGUUGCGAGAGCUUGAGAGAGGGGUUGAUAUUCUAGUGGCUACUCCAGGGCGAUUGGUUGAUCUGCUUGAGAGGGCUAGAGUGUCACUGCAAAUGAUUCGAUACUUGGCUCUUGAUGAGGCAGAUCGGAUGCUAGAUAUGGGUUUUGAGCCUCAAAUCAGAAAAAUAGUGGAACAAAUGGAUAUGCCUCCUCCAGGUGUGAGACAGACUAUGCUUUUCAGUGCUACCUUUCCAAAAGAGAUACAGAGUCUGGCAUCUGAUUUUCUUGCAAAUUACAUCUUUCUGGCUGUUGGAAGGGUCGGGUCAAGUACUGAUCUUAUUGUUCAAAGGGUUGAGUUUGUUCAUGAGUCUGACAAGAGAAGCCAUCUGAUGGACCUUUUGCAUGCACAAAGGGAAAAUGGGGUUCAUGGCAAGCAAGCUCUGACAUUAGUUUUUGUGGAGACAAAGAAAGGAGCUGAUUCAUUGGAAUAUUGGUUGUGUAUGAAUGGGUUUCCUGCAACUUCCAUUCACGGUGAUAGAUCACAGCAGGAAAGAGAAUUUGCAUUAAGAUCAUUCAAAAGUGGAAAGACACCAAUAUUGGUAGCAACAGAUGUGGCAGCACGUGGUCUUGAUAUACCGCAUGUAGCUCAUGUAGUCAACUUUGACCUCCCCAAUGACAUUGAUGAUUAUGUUCAUCGGAUAGGAAGGACAGGGCGGGCAGGCAAAACAGGACUAGCCACAGCCUUCUUUAAUGAGAACAGUAUGUCAUUGGCAAGGCCACUAUCUGAACUAAUGGAAGAAGCUAACCAGGAAGUACCCGCUUGGCUUACUCGUUAUGCAUCACGAGCUGCUGUUAGUGGUGGUAAGAAUCGACGGUCUGGUGGACGUUUUGGUGGUCGUGACUUUAGAAAAGAUAGCUCUUUUAGUAGGGCUACUCCAUACUAUGGUGGAAUGAAUAGUACUGGUGGAUAUGGGGUUCCUGGCAGUUAUGGUGGGGGAUAUGAUCCUGGUGUGACCAGUGCGUGGGAUUAGCAUCCUUCUUUAUACUGAAAUGUUUCUUACUGUUCUCUGAGUAUAUAUAUUAUUUCUUCAGAAUUCAAGGAUUAUUAUGACUCCAUUUUAUUGACUUGUUGAGUUUUAUGGGAGGGGCCUUGGGAGGAUCCAAUGGUGGUUAGCCUGGUGCUGAAUAGAAACUAUCAAAUUAGGUUUAUGAUGUCUGCAGAUACUUGCUAGUAUGUUAUAUAUUCUAAGUGGUGAAAUGUAGAGAAUAUGUAUAUAUAGGAGCGAAAUUAGGUACCAGCACAGUAACUUUACUGGAUUGAUUAUUGUCAGAGUAACAGUAAACCCUUCUGGGAAAUGACGGGAUAGUUUAGUAACCUGAAACGGCAGUGGAUUGAUACGUUGGCAUUUUCCAUACAUACAGGGAAAUUCAGUAGGUAAGAGUAGCUGCCCGACCUUAUUGUAUUUUUGGAUUCUUUUGGGGUUAUUGAAGGAGAGUUUGGCAAAAUGAGGAUUGAGCAAUUGCUUUUGUGGACAGCUGCAGCUUACAAAGUGCUUUUGCAGAUGAAAAGUAAUUAGGGGUCUGCAAUUUUUGCAAAUGGUGGUGUGGACACUUGACAAACUGCAUAUUUGAACAUGUUUGUAAUGUUAAAUCAAUUCAAUAGGAAUGUAUUUGACAUCUUUGUAAUCUUUUAUUGCUAUAGAAUAUAAUUACUUCAGCC